AUGCAAGCGUUGAAGAUUGUAUUGAUUUCGGUUUGCGUCACGUUGAUCGAAUCUUCCUGGUUUGGAACUGAUGAAGAUGAAGCAAAAACCUGCACAAAUAAUGCAGAAAUAUUAACAUUCAAAAAAUUUCCGUACGUAGUUAUUUUUAAAGUGUAUGUUGAAGGAAAUGCAACGCUUUGUACAGGCACCCUGCUAACGGAAUGGUUCGUGCUGACCGUUGCUCACUGUACUACUGGACUUCAAGCAUCUAAUUUUACGAUAUAUCAUGGAGAUUUAACAGGUCCGGGUGUGCAGGUUGAAAAAGUUUUCCAACACGAACUGUACGUACCCUACAAAAAUGAUUUGUGUAUACUGAAAUUGAAAGACUUAUCCCUGAAUGUCAAAGAGUUUGCAAAGAUAUAUGGUGAUAUAAGCGAUUUAGGUGAAAAAGGGUUGACGUGUUCGAUUAUUGGUUUUAGUCGAUGUCCAACGAGCACUAAUAAGAAUAAGGGACAGAUGAAUACAGUUGUUCUGAAAUCCGGUCUAAAAGCUUGUGGGAUAGACGUUAAUAGUCUUGAAACUGAAACGUUAUGUCUACAAUUGGACAAGGAUAUAUGCUCAUGUCCAUACGUGGCGAGUGGCGGUCCGGUGAUUUGCAAUGGGAUCCUAUACGGCAUGACCAGUCAUGGGAUUUUUAAAAAAGGCCCAGAUGCUUUGUGUAAAUCGGCUGAUACCGUAAUCAAUAUCCAGUACAUCAAAAAGUACAAAAGUUGGAUCGACGAUAAAAUGGAUAUAAUAACAGAGGAAUCAAAAAGAUGCAGAGUAUACGUCCACAAGAAAUGUUUUUUAAUGAAUCUUUGCAAAAAAGAGAAAGCUAAGAGAAAAACGGUCGGCAGUCCCCGUGAAGUGGACACAAAAGAAUGUAUUGACACCCGCAACGUAGAGGUCGAGAAAAAGAGAGACACAUAUGUGUUAUAA